UUCCCAGAAAUUUUCCAUUUAGAAAGCACACCAGACUGCUGGAGUACUGCCACAAUUCACCUUUGAUCUCCUACAAGACAGCACAAAACAAAUGUAUUGUGCAAACUAAUCACAAACCAGAAGUGGACAAUCCACAGUAGCUAUGUGGGAACAAAUAAAUAAUUGUCCAUAGAUUAAACCAAAACACCCAAAUAGUCAUAUUGUAGGCUAUAUCACAUUGUAGUCCUUCAUUGUAGUACUUCAGAUAAAAAAUGAAGUGGCAUAAAAAGCUGAUUUUAUUGGAAUUUAAUCAAGUCAAACCAUAGCAUGAACAAUAAUGCCAGUUAUGGCGAAUUCCAAAACAAUAGAGAAAAUUUAUACUAGCUUAGAUCAAACUAGUCACUCACCCUUUUCUUAUUCCACAAAUAUGUAUCCCACUCAUUUUCAAGUAAAGGUUUUAUAUGGGGUUUAUGAAACGUGUCUUGAAACUUUUCCUUAAGACCCUGUGAACAAAAUAUGUUUUAAAAUAUGUCAAAACAACUUUUUAAAAUGCAAUAAAUAAAUACCUCUGCAAUAAUUUUAGCUAUGUAGAAAUUAGGCUCUUUCAUCAAACCCACAACUUCGAUCAGAAGCUUUGAGUGUUCUGUUUUGUCCAUCGUUAAAAUAGUCAAAACUGGAAAACCCUCAUUUUAUCAACAAACCCACCGUCUCCAUGGCAACAGCUUGUCCGACGCUGGAUGAUGACGUGGACAACCUGCGGCGGCUGGUGGAUCGUUAAAAAUGCUCUUGUGAUAAAUAGUACUUAAUGAUAGUUUAGCGAUCACAGGAGCAAAUUAGUGCAAUAUAAUUAAUGAAAUUCUGAGAAAUGCACAACGUCGAACACUGAUUUUUUUUAAAGAGACAUUUUAGCGAAUGAGAACGAACCAUGACGAAAUCCGAGCACGGCGCCUUUUUUUGAAAUUUGUUAGUUGAGGUAACCGAUGAUCUUUUCGCUGGUAUUUUAAUUUGCAAAGCUAACUUGAUGCCCACUAUUUGGUGACAUUAUGGGCGUCCAUGAGCUCUGGUCCAUUCUAGAGCCUGUUCGAAAGUCAGUGCCUUUGUACAGUUUGAGUGGAAAGACGCUUGCAGUGGACUUGAGUCUCUGGGUGUGCGAGGCUCAGCAUGUUCAGGCUAUGAUGGGAAGGGUCACUAAACCCCAUCUCAGAAACCUGUUCUUUAGAGUGUCAUCUCUUACCCUCAUGGGGGUAAAGCUUGUUUUUGUCAUGGAAGGAGAGGCUCCAAAACUUAAAGCAGAAACCAUGAAUAAAAGGAAUCAAGGCAGAUUUGGAGCAAAAGCGGCAGCAGCUCCAAAGGGCACCAUUAAAACCAACCGUGGGCGUUUUAAAGCCGUUCUUAGAGAGUGUGCAGAGAUGUUAGAUUACAUGGGUGUACCAUGGGUAACAGCAGCUGGGGAAGCAGAAGCCAUGUGUGCUUACCUGGAUUCUCAGGGCUUGGUCGAUGGCUGCAUCACAAAUGAUGGAGAUGUCUUUCUGUAUGGAGCCAGGACUGUUUACAGGAACUUCAACAUGAACACAAAAGACCCUCAAGUGGACUGUUACCAAACAUCUCAUGUGCAAAGAGACCUGCAUCUGUCUCGGGAAAAUCUUGUUGGGCUGGCAAUUUUUCUUGGAUGUGACUAUAUUCCCAAAGGGAUACAAGGAGUUGGUAAAGAGCAAGCUUUGAGGUUGAUUUAUAAACUUGAAGGGCAAACUAUUCUUCAGAAGUUUAGUAAAUGGAAGGAGGAUAACACAUUCAUUCCCGAAUCAACUGUGAAGAAAGUCUCUCAUUGCAAUGUAUGCCGACAUCCUGGCUCAGCAAAGGCUCAUGAGAAAAGUGGAUGCCUGCUUUGUGACAGCAAAAGAUUUUGUGAACCCCAGGACUUUGACUAUCAGUGUCCAUGUGACUGGCAUCUCAACCAACACCGUCGCCAAGCUAUAUCCUUAGAGACAAACAUCAGAAAAAAAACCAUUGCAAAUCCCCUUUUUCCAUUUACAGAGAUUAUUAAUGAGUUUUUAAUAUCCAAGGACAAGUCUGAAUUCCAUUUUAAAAGGAGGCUGCCCAAUAUGCUUCUGAUGCAGAAAUUUGCAUAUGAUAAAAUGGAAUGGCCAAAACACUACACCAGUGAAAAGCUUCUUAUCUUGAUGACAUACAUGAAUUUGAUGAAUAAAAAAUAUGGAAGAGAUGUCUCCAUUCAAGUCAAGCCACUCCGAAUAUUAAAGCCACGCGUGAGAAAUGGAGUGUCGUGUUUUGAAGUUGUUUGGACUAAACCAGAGCAUUAUGCAUUUCCCGAGGACCCAGCACCUGAGAACCAGGAUGAAGUCAGAACCGUGGAGGAAGAAUCUCUUUUUCGAGUGGCCUAUCCAGAAGUGGUGGAAAUCUUCCUGAGAGAGAAAGCUACAGCAGAGGAGAACAAGAACAAGAAGAAGAAGCCAAAAAGUAAAAAAGAGAAGAUGGGUGAAUCAGAUGGUAUUUCUGACCUCCUGGCUCAGAUGACUCUUCAGAGUUCACUCACAGAUCUUCAGCCACAAACUGCAACACUGCCCCUUUCUAUUUCUUCUCCAGAUAAACUAGACAUAGUUGUUUUGGACACUCCAGUAAGACAUGAAAAGCAAGAAAAUGAUGGCUCCUUGGGUCUAGAUGACUGUCCCAAAUCUCCUGCGUUACCCCCAGAGUCUAAAGAUGCUGCAUCUUUGUCUGUUUCUGCUGUUAUAAAUGCUCUUCAUCUAAGUGAUAUUGACUGGGAUACAGCAUCAUUCACAUCAUCUCCACUACCUCCUACAACUACCAGCACGACAAUGCAACCAAAGAUUGUUCAAAGCCUGCACGUUCAUGUAAAUGAAGUUCCCACCUCCAUUUCAGUUUCUGAGCUGUGUGAGAAGGAGCAACCUUUGCAAGAUCAAUUAAUUAUGAAGAAUACUAGUCAAAUCAAUAAAAACAUUACUGCCGAACAGGGAAGCAAAAGGAUAACUUUAAAUGAUAAAAAUUACCAUGCAGAAAGCAAACUGUUAGAAAAGACAAGACUGAUGAAAAACCUGUGUGUACCAUUUACAACACAAUGUGAAUUACAUGUGUCAAAACAACCAAUGAAGCAUCCCGCACUUGACCCAGAUCCCAUACCAUCCAAGAACACAUGCAAAGCACCUCCGAAGCCCCCACAAAAAUUCAAAUUUGUUAAAACCGCUGUUGCUUCAUCACUUUUGCCACAAAGAUGCUAUUCUGACCCUGUACAAAUUGAAAAAGUCAAACUCAAAACCUUAACAAAAAAGAGUGUGUGUGCGAGUGGUGGAUUAUCUAGUGAUGACAGUGACUCUGAAAACCAGCAAGUUGCACCAAAGACAAAAUCUAAAACAAAGAUAAAGAUAAAGGCCAAACAAAUUCACCAGUUGGACAUUCUUUCAAAACCUGUGUCUAAAGCAGUUGGACCAAAAGCGCAGAUAAAAAACCACAAACCCAGAAGCUAUAGUUUGGAAGUUGGUACAGUUGAGACAAUCAGAUUCCCAAUGGAGUACAAAUGCAAAGAUGCUUUCCCUUCUAUUACUGAUGAUGUGUUCAGUCAGUGUCCACCUUCACCUGCUGCAGACUUGGAGAGUGAUAAUUCUGUAAUAUGUAGUGACAGUCCUUUACCAUUGACUGAAAGACUGAAACUAAAAUUUCAGAAGUGAGCAGCACUUUUUUU